UGCCUGUGUGUGUUUUGUGUGUCGCAACCGUGGGCCAGUGUGCGCGUUUUAUUGAUUUGAUGCUCCAAUGCACUUAUUAUCCCUCAGGCGGCCCCAGCUACUGCCUGUUAAUCCCCUGGCGAUGCGACGCCAUUUGCCACGUCCCUGUUGCCCCAUUCCACCAGCCAGCCAGCCAGUGACUCCCACGCCCAGAUGCACAGCGUGCACGACAGUGAGGAGGAUAUAUACGCAUUAGGGUGAGCCACAUAUCAGCAAAGUUGAUCGAUUGCGGCUCAUUAGGGCUUCAUUUAUUCCGACGAUGGCCAAUUGCGGUUCGAUGGCUGAGAAGCCCGAAAUUAUGAUUGAAAAUGAGAAGGGUAUGCUCAGAAAUUCUAGCUUUAUUUUGCAUAACAUUCGAAAAUAUUCGAACUCGAAGUUCGAAUUCCUUAAAGUGACCGUAGUGCCAUAACCAAUUAAACUCUAAAGAUGAGAGAGCACACUUAAAAAUUUCAAAAAAUUCCAAAUGGAUAAAUUGACGCCAUUUAAAGCAAAGUUUCUUUUCUUUACUCAGUUUGCCCAGCGAUGUAGCCUUAAUCUUCAGACGGGCAAUUAAAAAUAAAAACAAAAUUAAAAGGGGUUUCUAAAUUUAAAUGUGUUUCUUGGAAGAAAGAUAUUGAUAAGAUUAAUGCGAAAGAACGAUAAGGUGCGAAUCAUUAUUUAAUUGUUUCGGCUUUUAAUAGUUCACUGAGAAAAAUUGUAUUAAUUGGAUCACCCGAAGGGGUAAAUUUCAACCCCUCAACCCCUUUGCAUUGCAAAUUCGUCCAAUUGAAAAUCAAAAAUAAAAAUAAAAUCAUCAGCAGUCAAUUAAUCAAAUUGGCAUGUCCAUACAUAUGUAUGUACAUCACACGGUUCAUGUCAAGUGUCAAGAAAAAAAACUUAGAAGGAAUCCAAAAUUCCGACAGUGAAGUUGGUUUUAGCGGGAAUUGAUACAAAAAUCAAAAAACCACAUAUUUUAAGACCAAAAGGUUAAUUUAAAGUUAUAACUCUCUUAGCCAUGGACACAGACAAUCCUGGACAAGCAACCGUCGAGGCGGUCACCACCAAAGGGGCAACCGCCGCAAACAACUGGUGCCUGAUUGAAAGCGAUCCGGGGGUCUUCACCGAGAUGAUUAGUGGUUUUGGCUGCACGGGUGCCCAGGUGGAGGAGAUCUGGUCCAUGAAUGCGGACGCCUUUCGUCACCUGGAGCCCAUCCAUGGUCUGAUCUUUCUGUUCAAAUGGCUGGACAACAUGCCCGCUGGUCGCGUGGUCACGGAUAGGAGUGACAUCUUCUUUGCUCGCCAGGUGGUAACGAAUGCCUGUGCCACGCAGGCUCUUAUCUCCCUGCUGCUCAAUCUCCAGCAUGAAGACAUCGAUUUGGGUCAAACUUUGAGCGAAUUGAAGAUCUUCUGCCAGGAUCUGUGUCCGGAAUGCCGUGGACAAUGCUUGGCCAAAGAGGAAAAGAUCCGUAAGGUACACAAUUCCUUUGCUCGACCCCAACUCUUUGUGGUUGAAGACAGUGCGGAUUCGGAAGACGUAGAUUGUUACCACUUUGUGGGCUUUAUGCCAAUAAAAGGCAAACUUUACGAAUUGGACGGAAUGAAAGAGGGUCCCAUCGAGCUUGGCGAGAUCGGCCAGCAACAGAACUGGCUGGAUGUGGUCAGACCGAUUAUUGAGGGACGCAUGGAGCGCUACAGCGGCGGAGAGAUCCACUUCAAUCUGAUGGCCCUGGUCUCGGAUCGUCAGCGAUGCUACGAGCGGCAGAUCCAAAUGCUGGUCGAACUAGCAUCGCCGCUAAGCUACGCGGAUUGUCAGGCGGAGAUCGCCACCCUUAUAUCGUUUGUGAAACUCGAGAAGGAGAAGAAGCGCCGCUACCGCAAGGAGAACAUUCGUCGCCGCCACAAUUAUCUGCCAUUCAUCGUUGAGCUACUGAAGCAGCUGGGCGAGACUGGCCAAUUGUUGGCCAUUUGCGACAAGGCCAAGGAUCGGUCUUGUCCAUCUAAGUCGAACAAAGACACUAUGGACCAGCAACCUCAAUAAGCUUAAUAUAGAUGAUGAUAUCAAACCAAAUUACGCGACAGCUCUGAACUGCCCCAUCGAUUAAUCGGAGCCGAACGCACAUUCCACUUUGAUGGAACUAGGAACGAGAUUUAGUAGAUUCCUAGACAUAUAUUUAAAUAAAUGAAAUAUAACAUAAAU